AUCGCCAACCGCCAGUCUACGGGAGCCUCCGCACUGCGACGGUGCACUCUACGCUCCUCUCAAAUAUCCUAUUAUUUACCCCCUGACCACCGUAUCACGCAUUACGUGAAUACCCCUGUGUUGUUUUAUGUGCCAGUGCGACUUUAUGUGAACAAUACCGAAAGCUUCUUGGGUCUUUAUCCCGCGCUUUUUAUUGACGCCGGUUUUUAAAAACUUAAGAUCUACCGGAUUAUAAACUGGAACAAUCAUUGCUGUCCGCUUAGAAAGGUACUAAGCAUGAAGGAGAUACGAAGUUAUGCGAGAGGAUGGUGGAUGGUGUUAAUAGUGGCCACACUCGCCGGCCUCGUGGAGUCUGACGCCGUCAGCCUCUACAACUCUCAGCUGAAGCAAAUUGUAACAUCAAGCACACUUAAAUGGACCACCUUGAAGAAAGAGGCUAUGGAAAAUUACGUCACCGGAGUUGAUUCUCCUCAAGGACCAAUUUAUCUUUGUCGGUCUCGUCACGAGGGUGAUAUGCUACUUGGCUUGUUAAAGUCCGAUUAUAAAUCAUGCGCAAUCGCUGGAACAAAAAACUACGAAAUUUUUGAAGUCCUUGAAAAUAUUGAAAAUGCAUCGCUGCUAAUAUGGAAGCCGUGGGGCAAGUAUCAUGCAAAGCCGAGUGGCGCUGUUACUAUCGACUCUUCGGUCGAUUCCGCUUUUAUCGGCAGAAUGAAAGCAGAUGGCGCAUAUUCGCACUACAUAGGUAGAAUUAAUUACGACAGCACAAUCGGACAUUUGAUUACUUUCGAUGACCAGAAUAAUGAACUUGUAGAAAAUAGUGGAGAAAUUCUUGUUGAAAUCGAACCUAUCAGUUAUAGAAUUGAAAACGUACACGUGGACGCGGAAACAGAACACAUCAGACAGACUGACCCGCAAGUAUUCGAGGAACGAAUUUUACGAAACGAAGAUGAGACUGGCGCCACGGUCACCACGGAAAUUGAAUACAAGUAUAAUUACAGUAUAUCCUGGGGACAUGGGCAUGGUAUUGCUAUCGGCUUGAACACUACCAUAGUGCUAAGCGACGGAACUGUACUCCCGCAGAUAGAAUGGGCUAAUCCGUAUACGGAAGAAAAAAAGGAACUUUACAAAUUGGAGAAGUACCUCGAACCGGGAACUGCCUGUAAUGUUACUUUCAGAGGUUAUUAUACAAAUAAAGAUGUUCAAUACACCGGUAAGCUAAUUACAAAUUAUAAAGAAAAUGCACCAAGGUCUCGGCCAAUGAGGGGUGAAAGAAUCGAAAAUACCGUGGAAGUAGAAGCUGUUUAUGGUGAAAUAUAUUACCUUGUCAAUAACACAUUGGUGCCGACCACCACAACUACUACAACAACUACAACAACCACGACAACUACUCCACCACCGCAAACUGCCCCACCGGCGCCAGAGGAAAAUGACAUAGCGAGUCCCAUGAAAAAAAUGAAUUCUGGUGAAAUUGACAGCAAUGAUAUGAUGGGAGAUAGCAGCGAAGGAAUGGUGAAAGCAGCUAAAGAAGACAACAUCAAUCGUUCGGUAGUCGGUGGACUCGGGAGCAAACCUAACGCGGCCACGGCCCAAGUAAUUACCACGGCUUUAUUUAUCCCGGUCUUCGCGCUUCUUAUUUAAGUAUGAAGGUUACAGUAUUUUUUGUAUAUAGUAAAACAGAAGAAUAUCAUUGAUAUAGUCGCUUUCAAGUUUAAAAUGUAGUGAUUGUCAUCUAAGCUUUAUGCUGUUGUUUAAUUGUGUGGUAAGAAUACCCUUUGGGUAAUGUAUAUAGAUUUUUAUUUUAUAUUUUAGACAUUCCUGUUAAAUAAUUUCAUUCCAGUAUGUAAAUUAUUGAGCCAAAAUUGAACAGACGAGUGUAAAUAAAUUAUGUAUAUAGUUAAGAAUACGGAAGUCGCAGAGCGACGGGUUACAUCUGAACGUCACAAAUGUUAAGCUGAUGGGAAUCGUAGAAUCGAUUCAUGAGUAUAAAGUCACUGUUACCAAUACACAAUGUACUAAACUACAAACUAACUAAAAUACAAACGAAAACUCUUAUCACUAGAGUAAUGAAAUAUUUAUCCAAUGCUAUGCUGUUCAAUUUAACAUAGAAAAAUAAUUAUAUAGCCGUUUUCAAAGAUUGCUUGUUAUCAGGUACAAACACAUUUUAAGUAAUAUUAAACAUUCUAAAAACAGAGUUGUAUCCCAAAUAAAUUAAAAAAUUAUAUUCGUACUGCUAAAAUUGUAAUUGAAAAUCAUAAGUACUUUAAGAGCAGCUAAAAUUAUAUAUUUCUUCCAUAACAUUGUAAUGAUUUUAUUUAUUAAAGCCGAUAUUCUUGAAUAGUUCUGUACUUUUAUGUUGUUAUUCUUAGUUAUAAGAUACAAGAGUUUAAAUCCAGAAUUGAAAGAUAUUAUUUUAUUUAAACUUGUAGGAUUAAUGAAUAUUUAUUUUGUUUUAAUUUAAGGUUCGUUUAAAUAAGUUUAGUUGUACACGACACAUUUCAAUAUUCAAAUAUUACUUUCUUGGUAUUGCCAAAGGACAACCUAUAUUUAUGAAAAAAUAUUUACCUAUUUCAAUUUUCUAUCCCUCCGUCAAAAAAGGCUAUUAAUCAUCGCAAUAUACCCAGAUAGAAUAAUAAUAUUGUAAUGCUUAGCGAUGGUCAGACUAUGUGUAAAAAAAAAAGAUAUUUUUAUAUAUUCAUACUAUGUAAGUGUUCGCUCUACGGAUAAGCUGUUAAGGUACGAUUGGACUACGACAUAAAUAUCGAGAUUAAUGUCUGUAUUGUUCAAACUUCAGGGUUUGACGCAACACUUAUCAUUAUAUCGCAAUAAAUUUGACAAUCAGAGACACUUGUGUUCACACAGAGACAUUAUAUAUAUACACGGAGUGCACUGUGUAUAGUGUAGUAGUCAAAUCAUACCUUUACAUUAAAAUAAUCAUCAUAAAUUUAGUUAUUCGCUUAAAAGAGUAUUUUCAGUAUUUUGUCACAAAUUAGAAUUUAGUAUUUUCAUGACAUAGAUUUAAAUUAAAAAUGAAAUAUCGUAUCUAAAUAUGAAAAAAAUAAAUCCCACCUAGAUUAUUUAUUACAUAAGUUUUAAGUUUAAAUACAAUAUGCAAAAUAUAUGUACCAACGGAAAUAUUGUUUCUCGUUUUCUCAAAGCAUUUGCAAGCGUUAUAAAUGUAAGAAUUGAAAAAUAUAUAUUUAAAAAUAUUUAUGCAUAUUAUAAUCUAAUGCAUCUGUGGUCUUCAUGUUCUAUGUAAGGUUUAUUCUCGCUUCUUUCUUGAUUGGCAAAUAUUUGCCACAAUGUUAGGACAACUGUUGUAUAUAUAGAUUCGACUACAGUGAUCCUUGUCUGUAAUCACGUGAUGUUUCUUAGGAACCUUUGACCUCCAUGUUCUCUGGUGAUAUGUGGUGGCGUUUUAGACUAAUCUGGCGCAAAGUAAUACUGUAAUUUUAUUUUAUUUAUUAAAUUUACGUCAUCAGUGAGCAAAUAAAUACCCUAGAAAUCUAAUUUAACCCUCCCCUGCCUCGUGUAGUUUCGAGAUUUUUUCAAAAUCCCUUUCGAGCCUGAUGUGAUUAAAGCACGAUAACACAUAGAUGUCUCCUUUAUUUCAAACCGAAUGUGAGAGAUAGAAAAUAUGUGUUAAUACAAGGGUCACUGCAGUAGAAUCCCACGGUGAAAUAAAAUCUCUAUGUAUAUGAGAGAACCUAUAACGUCAAUAUUGUUUUGCGAAGCAUAAUUGUGAUGUUCCGUGUAAGUUUGUUUUAGUUCAUUAAACUGUAAAUUA